AAUUCCCAAAGAUCUACAGAAAGUUUCUGUUCUACUGUAUUUGAAUCUUUCAUUUAACAAUUUGGUGGGGGAGGUACCAACCGAGGGGGUCUUUCGAAAUACAAGUGGAAUAUCAGUGAUAGGAAAUAAAAAGCUUUGUGGAGGUAUCCCAGAACUAAAAUUACAAGCAUGCCAUGUCAAAGUUAUGAAGGAAGGAAAAUCUCAUGUAUUUAAAUUAACUGUCAUAAUUGUUAGUGGGGUUUUAUGUUUUAUUCUAUUUUCAUCAUUUCUUGUCCUUUAUAGGAGGAGAAAAACAAAAAAAGAAUCAUCUUCUACACUCCCCAAAACCAACUUUCUUUCAAAUGUUUCGUAUAAGGAGCUUUAUCAAACUACUGAUGGAUUUUCUCCUACCAAUUUAAUUGGAUCUGGUAGUUUUGGCUCCGUAUAUAAAGGAAUUCUUGCUCAGGAAAAAAGGAUGGUUGCUGUGAAAGUGUUAAACCUUCAACAAAAAGGAGCUUUCAAGAGUUUUAUGGCUGAAUGCAAUGCGUUAAGAAAUAUACGGCAUCGAAAUCUCGUGAAGAUCUUAACUUGUUGCUCAAGCGUGGACUAUAACGGCAAUGAAUUCAAAGCACUAGUUUACGAAUUCAUGGCAAAUGGAAAUUUAGACAAGUGGCUGCACCAUGAUAGAGAGAAUGAAAGUCCACAAAGAUAUUUGAACCUUCUUCAAAGACUAAAUAUUGCGAUUGAUGUAGCUUCUUCACUACAUUAUCUGCAUGAUCAUUGUGAAACACCAAUCAUUCAUUGUGAUUUGAAGCCAAGCAAUGUUCUUCUUGACGACGACAUGAUUGCUAAAGUAAGUGAUUUUGGUUUGGCAAGGAUACUCUUUGCAACAAAUGAUGAUUCUCAAAAUCAAACGAGCACAGUUGGAAUAAAGGGUACUAUUGGCUACGCUGCUCCAGAGUAUGGAAUGGGUGGUGAGGCAUCAGCACAAGGAGAUGUCUAUAGCUAUGGGAUUUUUUUGUUGGAGAUGUUCACAGGAAAGAGACCCACCGACAAAAUGUUUAAAGAUGGUUUCAACCUUCAUAACUUUGUUAAAAUGGCAUCAACAGAAAAACUUGUUCAAGUUGUAGACCCAAAUCUUCUCACAAGAGAAGUGGAAGAUUUAGAAGUGGCAACAGAAGAUGGCUACAACAACGAUGAUCACAAUGAUAUUGAGGCAGUAGAAGAAAGAGUCCUUAUUGAGAACCUAAGCCAUAUGAAUUCUAAUGUGCAAAAGUGCCUACUUUCAAUUUUCAAGAUCAGCCUUGCUUGUUCAUUAGCAGCCCCAAAUGAAAGAAUAAAGAUGGAAGAUGUCACUAGGGAACUACUUCGGAUCAAAACAGAUUUUCUACAAGUCAGGAUCCAUGAAUAAGGACCAAGUAAGGAAACGGAGCUUUGUGAAGAAGUAUGGUUGCAGAAAAGUCUCUUUUGUAAUGCCCAUGUUUUUUUUUUUAGUUGCUUUUUAAAAAUUUGGACACUAAUGACCCGAAUGCUUAUAGUGUGUUGAGCUAGCACGGUUUGGCUGUUUGAGCGCGUAUGUGUUUUGUUGGAAUAAAUCAAACCAGCUUUUGAUCUACA